CAUAAUCCUCAACUAACAUAAUUAUUUUUAUCUUUUUUUAGGUGUCGUAGCAGCAUUAUUAGUAGCCUUGGUCGCCGUAGCGGCCGACGAUUCAUGUCCAUCGGACUGGACCCAGGACAAACUUCUGGUCCACGAUGAUUGCAACAAGUUCUACAUGUGCAGAUUCGGCGAACCCGUUGAGAUGACCUGCUGGGGCGACCUUUUCUUCAACAUUCAUACCUGGGAGUGCGACUGGCCCUCGGAAGUAGAAUGCGGUGAAAGGAACAUUCCUGGACAAGAGCCUACAACUACUGCUGAGCCAGAAACAGAGCCUACCACCGAAGAACCUACAACUGUUGAGCCUACCACCGAAGAACCUACAACUGCUGAGCCUACCACCGCAGAACCAACCACCGUUGAGCCUACCACCGAAGAACCAACAACUGUUGAGCCUACCACCAAAGAACCUACGACUGCUGAGCCCACCACCGCAGAACCUACAACUGCUGAACCUACCACCGCAGAACCUACAACUGCUGAGCCUACCACCGCAGAACCUACAACUGCUGAGCCCACCACCGAAGAACCUACCACUGUUGAGCCUACCACCGAAGAACCUACGACUGCUGAGCCUACCACCGAAGAACCUACAACUGCUGAGCCUACCACCGAAGAACUAACGACUGCUAAACCUACAACUGCCGAGCCUACCACCACGGAAGAACCCGCAACACCCGCGCCUGGGUUCCUCGAGAACGGUUGCCCCGUGGACCCCCACAUCCACUGGCUACUGCCUGUGGAGGGAGACUGCAACGGGUUCUACUACUGUGUGUGGGGAGAGCUAGUGCUGAGGGAAUGCGCGCCCGUCCUUCACUUCAAUAGAGAACUUCAGGUUUGUGAUUGGCCCGAAAACGCUGGCUGCACCACAUCGCUGAACAAACACAACAUCGGCCAAUACCUUCAACCCGUCAUAACAGCCUUAGUGGCUGUGGUAGCCGUAGCAGCCGACGAGUCAUGUCCGUCCGACUGGUGGGCACGUGAUAAACUUCUGGCCCACGAAGACUGCCAGAAAUUCUAUAUGUGCUCAUAUGGCAAACCAGUAGAGAUGACCUGCUGCUGCGACCUUUACUUCAACAUUGAAACCGGACAGUGUGACUGGCAGUAUAAUGUAGACUGUGGUGAUAGAAACAGUCCAGGAGAAAAUUCUACGCGUACACUAGAGCUAGAAACGGAUCCCACCACUCCAGAACCUACUGCCACUGACCCUACAACUGCUGAGUCCACAACCCCUGAACCUACUACAACGGAACCCGCCAUUUCAGAACCCAAAACCCCUGAACCUACUACAACGGAACCCGCCACUACAGAACCCACAACCUCUGGACCUACGACAACGGAACCCGCCACUUCAGAACCCACAACCCCUGAACCUACAACAACGGAAGCCACCACUCCAGAAUCCACUACCCCAGAACCUAUGACUACGGAACCCGCCACUUCAGAAGCCACAGCCCCAGGACCUACGACAAUGGAACCUGCCACUUCAGAAGCUACAACCCCUGAACCUACUUCAACGGAACCCGCCACUUCAGAACCCACAACCCCUGAACCUAUUACAACGGAAUCCACCACUCCAGAACCCACAACCCCUGAACCUACUACAACGGAACCCGCCACUUCAGAACCCACAACCCCUGAACCUACGACAACGGAAGCCACCACUCCAGAACCCACAACCCCUGAACCUAUGACUACGGAACCCACCACUUCAGAAGCCACAACCCCAGGACCUACGACAAUGGAACCUGCCACUUCAGAAGCUACAACCCCUGAACCUACUACUACGGAGCCCGCCACUUCAGAACCCACAACCCCUGAACCUACGACAACGGAACCCGCCACUACAGAACCCACAACCCCUGAACCUACGACAACGGAACCCACCACCCCUGAACCUACCACCGCGAAACCCACAACACCUGCGCCUGGAUUCCUAGAGAACGGUUGCCCCGUGGACCCCCACAUCCACUGGCUGCUGCAUGUGGAGGGAGACUGCAACGGGUUCUACUACUGCGUGUGGGGAGAACUGGUCCUGAGGGCCUGCCCGCCCACCCUGCACUUCAAUAAAGAUCUCCAGGUCUGCGACUGGCCCGUAAACGCGGGUUGCAAUUCUUCAGUAUCUACGACAACACAACCUUCGACUCCAGAACCUAAUGUUACUACGCCCACAACGCCUAAAGAUACCACCGUGAAACCCACAACACCCACGUCUGGGUUCCUCGAGAACGGUUGCCCCGUGAACCCCCACAUCCACUGGCUGCUGCCUGUGGAGGGAGACUGCAACGGGUUCUACUACUGCGUGUGGGGAGAAUUGGUGCUUAGAGAGUGCCCACCCACCCUGCACUUUAAUAAGGAUCUCCAGAUGUGCGACUGGCCCGCAAACGCUGGUUGUAACUCCUCUGAACCUCCAACUGAAACAGAACCUACCACUCCAGAACCUACGACCACUGAAUCUACAACCACACAAUCCACAACCCCUACACCUACGACAACGGUAGCCACCACUCCAGAAUCUACAACCGCCGCGCCCACCACCUCUGCAUCCACAACUACCGUGCCCACCACCCCUGCAUCUACCACCACGACACCCACAACACCCGCGCCUGGGUGGCUCGAGAACGGUUGCCCCGUGGACCCCCACAUCCACUGGCUGCUGCCUGUGGAGGGAGACUGCAACGGGUUCUACUACUGCGUGUGGGGAGAACUGGUCCUGAGGGAAUGCCCGCCUACCCUGCACUUUAAUAAGGAUAUCCAGGUGUGCGACUGGCCCGCAAACGCUGGUUGCAACUCUUCUGAACCUUCAACUGAAACGGCACCUACCACUCCAGAAUCUACGACCACUGAACCUACAACCACACAAUCCACAACCCCUACACCUACGACAACGGAACCCACCACUCCAGAAUCUACAACCGCCGCGCCCACCACCUCUGCAUCCACAACUACCGUGCCCACCACCCCUGCAUCUACCACCACGACACCCACAACACCCGCGCCUGGGUGGCUCGAGAACGGUUGCCCCGUGGACCCCCACAUUCACUGGCUGCUGCCUGUGGAGGGAGACUGCAACGGGUUCUACUACUGCGUGUGGGGAGAAUUGGUGCUGAGGGCCUGCCAGCCAACUCUGCACUUCAAUAAGGAUCUCCAAGUCUGCGACUGGCCCGCAAACGCUGGUUGCAACUCUUCUGUACCUACAACAACACAACUCACAACUGCAGAACCUAACGCCACUACGCCUACAACCCCUACACCUACCACUGUUGAACCCACAACACCCGCAGCUGGGUUCCUCGCGAACGGUUGCCCUGUGGACCCCCACAUCCACUGGCUUCUGCCUGUGGAGGGAGACUGCAACGGGUUCUACUACUGCGUGUGGGGAGAACUGGUUCUGAGGGCCUGCCCGCCCACACUGCACUUCAAUAGGAGAAUUCAAGUUUGUGACUGGCCCACCGAUGCUGGUUGCGUCACAGCGCUGAACAAACACAACAUGGGGCAAUACUCUAAACUUUUUGCCACAGAACUUUUCAAGGGCAUAACAAAUUCAAGGAUCUGAACAGAUGCAUAAUUACGAAAG